UCAGUUUAGGGUUUUUAAAAAAUAAAUCGCAUUAAAAAAUGCUUCUGUCAAAUUUGCUAAUUUCAAAAAUCAAAAUUUGCUAUUGAGGGCAAAUCUGAGCAAAGUUUUUUGUUUUUAAGUUGAAGUAUGGAUGCAAAUGCUAGAAAUUCUGCACAUUUUGAUAAUAUUGGUAAUAACCUUGAAGCUCAAAGAAUAAGAAGAAGAACAGAAAAUUUAGCACGGGGUUUGAUUAAUCCAAGAGACCGACUUUACCAUGCAUUGUUUAUCAAAAUUGGAACAUUUUAUUCUUUACUUGUACCUAAAAAGUUUCGAUUUUUUAUUGAAAUGCUUUUUCUUAUAAAGGGUUUAUUUCUUUAUGCUUUACUAUUCUAUCUUCAUUAUUCAUUUGUUGGGUCUCAACUAAGUUGCUUAAAUUUAAAAAAUGGCAGUUGGCCACGCGAUGGUCUGCUUCGCGUUCAAAUUAGUCCUGGAGCAUAUGUUGAUAAAUAUUUGACAAGUGGAUAUGAAACACAAGAUAGAGUUGUUUCCCAACUUUGUCAACUUGAUAAAGUUUUAAAUGCUGAUUUAUGUUCAAGAUAUGAUCUUCAGAAUUAUUAUAUAUACUACAAUAAAAAACACAAAAUGCUGAACCAGUGUUAUCGCUUUAAUGUCUCUGAUUUUUUAUACUCAAUAAGCAAAAAAUUGUGGAAAGGUUUUGAUUCCAUUGAAAUAAUAACAGAAUCAGCUAAUUCUGAGAUAAGAAGAAAUUCAGAACAAAAAAAGUCCAGAAAUAUUCUCCUGACAUUUUACGAAUUCUUUACAGUUGUUAAUCAAUUUUCAACCAAUGGCGAUUAUCUAUUUGAAUAUUCCAGAGAGUAUGGACUUCUACAUCUAUCUUUUGAUGCAAGAAGAAGAUUAAAAAUUCCUGUUAAAACAAUAUUAUUAGAUCCAAACAAUGACAAGUGUUUUGGAAGCAAUUUUAAUAGAUUCUUACUGAAAUAUUUUUUGGGUUAUGACAAUAUUCUUAUGAACAGUAUUAAAAGAAUUGCAGAUACUGAUAAUAAUCUUGGUUAUAUGGUGAAUGUGGUGACUGGUGAAAACUAUAAAUUUGUUCCUUCCAGUAUUGGAAAAGGAUCUUAUCUAAUUUCGUUUGUUCUUAUGUUUUUGUUUACUAUUGCCAUAUCAAUGUUGCUUCGAUACUGUCAUCAGCAGGUGUUUUACUUUAUUGUGAACAUGCUACAAGUGAUGAACAUGAAUGCUCUAAUAAUAUUUCCUUUAGCACCUCUUAUGGCUGUUAUUUUAUCACUUGUGGGAUUAGAAACUAUAAUGGCAGAGUUCUUCCAUGAUACAUCCAUAACUUUUUAUAUUAUAUUAAUGGUUUGGACUGUUGACCAGUUUGAUACAAUUUGUUGUCAUACAGUCAUUUCACAAAAAUACUGGCUUCGGUUUUUUUACUUGUACCAUUUUGUAUUCUAUGCAUACUAUUAUCGUUUCAAUGGGCAAUUUGAUAUGCUUGCUCUUGCUGCCUCUUGGUUUAUGAUACAACACUCGAUGCUUUUCUUUUUUCAUCAUUACGAGCUUCCCAUGAUCGAAGAGUCCCAAGAUAAUAAUGGUGAGUUAGAAUCAUAUCUAGAAGAAGCCGUGCAAAUGAUAGUUGACGGUAUUGAGACUGUUAUCGGGGAUACAAUUACUCCAGAAAACCCACCUCAUGUGGAAAUGAAUACAAAUCCAGGCGAAGUGAACAGUUUAGGAGAAGUUGUAUCAAAUGCAAAUAGAUCAACACGUGUAUAUAUAUAUGCGGCUGAACGUCCAUUUGUUAAUGUUGUACGUGAUUUUAUUCGCCAUUUUCAUAGAGGCACAGUUUCUAAUUCUGAGGCCACUACUUACGUUGAGACAGUUUCGGUGGAUGCGCCGCUUGAAAGUUCAACAUCGGACAAUGUUAGUAAUAAUAUAUAUUUGGAAGAAAACUCUCCUGAAUCUCAGACAACAAGUACGCUUGUUAGUCAUUGCUCAGAAUCUCAGACAACAAAUACGCUUGUUAGUCAUUGCUCAGAAUCUCAGACAACAAAUACGCUUGUUAGUCAUUGCUCAGAAUCUCGAGAUGUUUCUGAACCAGUUUUUGACAAUUUGUCCGAGACUAUAGUUUAUAAUAGUAUUCGCCGUUCAGCUAUGGAAGUUGUAACAAACUUGAGCGACCCAGAAACUCAUAAUGAGGUUGUGCAAAUGCCAUCCAUCAAUAGUGUUUGUUCUAAUAACUUUAAAUAUGAUAAUGGAAUUAAUCAUAAUGAUACCACAUAUAAUCAGAUUUAUACCAAGGAAAUUGAGGCGAAUUUGCCUGAUCGAUGCUCAUACGAGAAGACUGAAGCAGAUUUGCUUGAAAAACAUUCGUGUGAAAAUGCAUCAAAAGUAAAAGACAAUUUUGCGAUCCACAAUGAGCUAAGUUGCCAUUCUCUUCAUUGUAUUUCUACUGCUAGUGAAAAUGAGAAACACAGCACUAGUAAUACAUAAAAUUAAUGACUUUUAUAUGUACUUUUUAAAUCUCAAUGAUAAUUUAGUUAUGUUAAAAAAAAAUUGUGAUUA